AUGCAGUCUCGAAAAGCGAUGCGGUUAGAAAAGGGAGGAGAUCUGUUGACUUUAGGACACAUUCUUAAAGAUUUAGGGAAUUAUUCAAAAGCUGGUGAAUUUUACCAACGGUUGGUAAAUGAAACAACUGGUAUUAAUUCCAUUCAAAAGGCCGCCGGUCUCACUGGUCUUGGUAACGUUGCAAAAGCUCAAGGCGACUAUUCAAAUGCAAAAUUGUACUACGAACAAGCAUUGGAACUUAAGAGAUCCUGGUAUCGGGAUGAUCUUCAUUCAGAUUUGGCAGUGAAUUUUAACAACAUGGGGCUUGUGUGCCGUCACUUGGGUCAGCUUAGGGAAGCUGUUGGUUAUCACAAGCAUGCUCUCGCAAUUCGAAAAAAAGUGAUCGAAGAUAAUCAACAGAGUGGUGAUACAGCAGAAUAUCGUCGCAUUUACGGUAAUGUCGCAGAUAGCCAUGGCAAUCUCGCUACUGUUUAUUUCGAACAAGGCCAAAUUCAACUGGCGUGGGAACAUGUGAGAGAGUCUCUUAGUAUAAAUAAGCUAUACCUGACGUCUGAUGACCCUAAAAUUGCUAUUGAUUACCGACUGAUUGGGCUGUUGCGUCAGUCCGAGAAAGAAUACAGCAAAGCCAAAGUGGCAUAUGAAAAGGCAUUCGCAAUUCAGAAGAAAGUGCUGGGAAGGCAUCACGUCGAAACGGCGGCAACUCAAUGCUGUCUUGGUGCUUUACUUUGGAAUAAUGCACAGCCUGUGACAGAUACACGUAGUCCACUCACGGAGGCAAUGAUGAUCGGAUAUCGUUAUUGCUUUGAGGGUAUGAGCUGUUUCGACAAGUUUGGCCUUCCACCUGAUCACCGAUAUCGAAAAUUAGCUAAAUUAGUGCUUGAACAAUAUGAACAAAUUUGCAAUCAAUCAGAAUAA